UAAUUUCUGAAACCCUGAACUUCUUCUACCAUAAAACCUGCUCAGUUUCACAUUUUGAAACUUCGCCACUUUCUCUCUCCUCCUCUCUUUUCCCUUCUACUCAACGUUCUUCUUCCUCUCCCCUUUGUUUUUUUUUCUCUCUCCUAAAACAUCAAAGAUUUUUUUGUCUGGAAAAUUUUAUAUCACGGAUUAAAAGCUUAAAGAAAGAUGCCUACACCAUCAAGAGAUAGAUUAGCAAGACCUGUGGAUAUUUCUACCCUAUACCGAGGAGCAGCCCGAAGAGUUGAUCUCAUUGUUGAUGAACCAGGGUUAAUUUGGACAGGGUUAUCUGGAAAUGGGCCUCGAAACGUCUCGAGUGGUGGAAGUGAUUCAAGUGGAAGAUCAAUUGGAGUUUAUGGAGGCCGGUUUGGGCGAGGCCGGAAUUUAUAUAGGCCACUAAUGAGUGGCAGGGAGAAUAGAACUCCGGGGAUGAUGGCACGACGUAGUGGUGGUAGCCGAGGCAGGGGAAGUAGGUUGCCUUCUUGGUAUCCAAGAACUCCUCUCAGGGAUAUCACUGCUAUUGUGAGGGCCAUUGAAAGGAGAAGAGCUGAAUUGAAUCAAACAACAGAAGCUCCUCAAGAAGACACCAAUGCAGAAGCAGUGGCAGCAUCGACUGCUAAUAUCGAGCAAGAAAUUGGUUCACAAACCCCUCUGCCCACCAUUUCUGUAAAGCCUCAACCUUCACCAGCCAUGCAAGUAUGGAAGAUCACACCUACAAAUGCAGAUAACAAUGAGAAGGGUUCUGAUUUCUUGACACCACAGAAAAGACUUCUACACUCAAUUGAAAAGGUGAGGGAAGUUUGGCUAGAGGAUCAGAAGAAACAACAAAGGACUCCUGCUGCCAAGAGAGUAGAGAGAGAAAAGAAGGUGCGUACAUUGAUGUCAAUGCGAUGAUAUAUGGAGCAAUGCACACACAGAUGGGGAGGGAUUCCGUGCAUUGCGUAAUUAGAGGGGAGGGAAGGAGUUGGAAGGAGGAGAAUGGCGACAGGCGAUCAUCUUCUGAUGAUCCCAUAUCCUAUUACUAGUACUACUAUCCUUUACCUAAGUUUUCUAGCUAUGCUUGUAGCUAAGUUUCUAGCAAAUAGUAUAGCUAUGCUUUAGCAAAUGAUUCUGACAUUUAGGUGUUCUUCACUUCUAGUGAAGACAGCCAACUGUUAUUUCUCGGUAUAUAGUAGUGUUAGCUGUUAGCCUCUGCUGACAUUGUAGUGUAAGAUGCCCUGCUGCAACGACAAGUUUUGCAUUUUUGGCGGCUAAUUGUAGCAUAACGGUAAUGCUUGUUGCUGUAGGAAUAGAAGGAACUGGAGCACUCCAUGUAUAUGAGAGGUCGAAUUAGUUUUUGUCAUGAGAUACAUUGUAAAGUUUGAUUCAUACAUUAGUACCAUUGAUGAAGGAAAAUUGAUGUA